GCAGGUGGAUUUGUUCCGGGCCUCCUCCCUACACAGUCCCCGCCUCCAGAUGUACGGGCUGCUGACGGGUCUCCAUUUCGCAGCGGGCUGACUCUCUCUCUCUGUCAGACGCUGAGUUGCUGGAGUCGCUGGAACAUUUACUCCCGCUGUUUUUUUCCCGUCUCCACCCUGGUGAGGUUUUAGUCCUCCGCUGUGAGUGAGUACGACCGCUGCUAUGGCGGAGGGUUGUUUUCUGACGGCGCUGCAGCCGAACUCAUCUUGUACUGCGUAUGUGCUGCCCUCGGACGAGCAGUCUGUGGACCCGCUGGGCAAAGUCCGGAGAGUCCAGCAGCAGGUCCGGAUGCGGUUGGCCGAGAGGAAGUCUUCCUCGCUCCCCAGACUGAGCAACUCACAGCUCGGGCCUGCAACAGACUACAGUCUUCCUGAAGUAAAAAGUUAUUCCAAGGCACAUGGCUUCAGUUCCAGGUCCAUGAUAAGCGCACCCACUCGUCCCAUGGCUGUAUCUGCAGUAUCUUCUCAAGCCCCUGGGUUCUCUUCCCACUCUGCUGUGGACAGCAGCUCAAAGGUGAGGCAUAAUGAAACCAGCAUGAUGCAGAGCAGCUUCCACACCUCACAGAUGCAAAGCAGAAGUCAACGCUCUAAGUCCCUGUGCCAGGAAGACCAAAGAGCAUUACCUCUCAAAGGUUCAGUCCACCAAGAGACUUCGUCUGUACCCAUCACUGUGCCUCCACCUGGAAACCUCAGGCGCAGCCUCAGUGGGAUAUUGGCCCAGGAGAGAGGCCACUGGCAGGAUGAGGAGCUGCCUUAUCAGUACACCUACAAAGGCCCAUCUCAUCGCAUCAUCAACAGAAUCACCAACAGACACCAGUACAACCAGCAGCAGAGCUCUGCGUUGGGGCACGAGGGCUGGGUAGGGAACGGCAGAGGCUUCACUACUCCAGGCGACAGUAUGGGAGCACAGUGGCAGCAUCACACAUUCAGGGCCAGCCAUGCCAUGGCCACAGCUCAGCAUUCCCCGCUCCAUCGGGCUGCCUCACUGCACUCCCUGAGGAGCGUCGGCAAGGGAGCAGAUAUCAUGGAUGCAGCCUCCAUACACAGCAAUGAUCCACUGGCAGAGAUGCAGAGUAUUGACAUGCCCACUGCUGUCAGAUAUCUUUCUGAGUCAAAUACAUCUCUGCAAGUUUUGGGAGCUGCUUAUAUACAACACCAGUGUUACCACAGCAACGAUGCCAAGAACCAGGUCCGUGCUCUCGGGGGUGUUCCAGUGUUGGUUCGCCUCUUCUCCAGUGACAAUUUGGAAGUGCAGCGCUACACUACAGCAGCUACGCGGAAUCUUGUAUAUGAGAAUGCUGACAACAAGGUCGCCCUUAUAGAAGCAGGUGGACUGACAUCUCUGGUAAACAUCCUGACCCAACAUGAUGAAGAGCUUUGGAAGACCAUUACAGGUGUCCUUUGGAAUCUGUCCUCCAGAGACAACCUGAAGGAGAGGCUGGCUAUGGAAGCACUGCCACUUUUAACUGAGAAAAUUCUGGUUCCACUUUGCAAGAGCAUUCCACUGAACCCAUCUGAGAGAGAGAUCUUCAACAACACCACCGGCUGCCUCAGGAACAUAAGCUCAGUAAAUGAGAGAACAAGACGAAAGAUGAGAGGCAUGCAGGGUCUGGUGGACUCUCUGGUGUGCUACAUUCAGCAGGAGGAAAAAGGAGAUGAUAAGGGUUUGGAAAAUUCCUUGUGUGUGAUGAGGAAUCUGUCAUACCAGCUGUAUGCAGAGCUUCCUCCCUCAGUCCGCCUCCAUCUGGAAGGCCCAUCAAGAGCUUCUGCCUCCAGAACCACUGAGAUGAUUGGCUGCUUUACUCUGCAGAGCAAAAAAAACACUGAGCUUCAUUAUAGGAAUCUGCCCACACUGCCGCACCCCAAGGGCUCUGAGUGGCUGUGGCACCCGAAGGUGAUUGGGCUCUACAAGCUCGUCCUACAGAACAGUGAAGGCAGCUCAGCUGCUCUGGAAGCUGCUGUUGGAGCCCUGCAGAACAUCACAUCUGGAGAGGCACAGUGGUCAGCAGUGUUGAGUAGUGUGGUGACAGAGCAGGAGAGGAUGCUCCCCAUGCUGCUGGAUCUGUUAGACAGCAGCAGUGAAAUGCUCCUAAGGCCUCUGACCGGCCUGCUGAGAAAUCUAACCAGGCACGCUGCAGACAAAGGGCACACGGCUAAAAUCAUGGUGAACGUUCUGGUGUACCAGCUGCCAAGUGAUGGUCUUCAGAAGACCCCAUCCAGUGAGGUGGUGGUCAACAUCUGUGGGGCCCUGAAUUAUCUGGUUACCUGCAGUUCUUUAGCAGCCCGAGAUAUCGCCUACUUCAAUGGCCUUCCAAAGUUGAUGGGCAUAAAGACAUCCCAUGACAACAGCUCUGGGAGUCUUAAAGCUGCCAGAGCAGCCUCCACCGUCCUCUGCAACAUGUUCCAGUACAACAAGCUGCACAGAGAUUACAAACUGAGAGGAUUUACCCGACAGAACUUCAUGGACGCCAGCUUUUAGUCUGCAGUCCCUUUUUUCUGUCAACAUGAAGGCUACAAUGAGGAGAACAAGGCAGAAAGACCGUCCCCCUCAUAUGGACUGCCUGGUUGAAAAAAAGACAGGAGCUGUUUGCCCUGUAUGUAUGUAACCGUUUCACUGAUUUGUGUUGUCUUCCUGACAUAAAACUUUUUUAUUGAAAUUGAUAUAUAGUUUCUCCAUAACAGAAUAGAUUUAGAAUUAAUAUGGUUGGUUAAAACAUACGGACAGGUAGUCAGACUGCGGUAAUCAGUUAGUGUUGUGUGUAUCAAAGUGCAUUUUAACAGUUAGUGUGUUUACCUGAUGUUUAUACUUUAAACCUAAUGCUGAUUCAUUUCACCUCAGUUCUGGCAUAUUUCUUAUUGUUCAGGCUACUGAAGGUUUUCCACAUCUUCAUACUCUGCACACCUCUCUUUGUGAGACUGAAGUGCUGCUCAUACUACCAAUCGAGAAAGAUAAAAACUACUAGAUAAUAUUGGUUGGAGAGUUUAAAAAGUUUAUUAAGAAUAUUUAUUGGAAAAUAUUUUUGUCCUUUAAAAUUGGACAUUUUGUCUUAUUGAAGCAAGAUAACAGCUGGAUUGGCAAAGAUGUUGGUGAAUACAUUUAAAUUGGGCAUUUAACAUUGAGUUGCUCUAGAAUUCUGAUGACUUGUUGUCUAAAAGUCGAUCACUUUAUUUUGUGUCUCAGAAGCAAACAUCAACAGCCUCAGUCCCUCCUGCAUACUCUGAUUCAUUCACAUGGUAACCAGCGAGCUAGAAGCACACUAUGUGGUGACUGUGUAAACCAGUUGUCUGAUUUCAAGUGAAGAUGUGUAAAUCUGCACUCAUCAGGGUUCGUACGGGUGCUUGAAAUCCUUGAAAAUGCUGAAAUUUCAACGUGUUUUCAAGGUUUGGAAAGUGCUUGAUUUCUGUAUAAAGUCCUUGAAAGUGCUUGAUAUUCCAUCUGUACAGUUUUGUAAUAAAGAUCACUUUAACCGUUUGAUUAAAAAUCUAAAUUUUAUAUUUUUAUGUUAAAGGCACCAAAUAGAGAGCGUUUUGUCUCUAAUGGAGUCUCAGAAAGCCUCGCUGCCGCUCAGAGAGGGUUUGCUCCUUUUCGUAAACCGGCAUGUGAGCAGCUGACUUCACCUGAUGAAAAGACCAGCCGCCGGACCGGUGGCGUCCCCUGGCAUAGCUAUGAAGCAGGCCUACUUUGAGCAGGUAGCUGUGCCUUGCUAGUUGAGCACGUCGCCGGUGAGUGGGAGAAAACAGCAUGCCAGGUGGUUGCUGUUUUAAUAACCUCUGGCUCGAAAAGACUCGAUUCAAAACAUGGUUGAAACAAAGACCAAAUCCUCAAGUAGCUUCCUGCAACGUAUGCAAGAAGGACCUGCAGCUUUUCGCGAUGGAAGAGUCAGCGUUCUCGAGCGGUAAACCAUAGUAGUGGGAGGGAAUCCUAAAUUUAAGGUAGUUUACAACUUUGCAGGAAAAUUGCAGAUUGUUUGAAGGAUGGAUCACGCUGAGGCUUUAAGUUAUCUACUCUACUUUAAAUUGUGCAACAGCAAAACAUUUGUAUUGAAAAUGCUAGUAAAGGUGGUUAACUAGUGGUUUAAUUUCGCAAAAAGUAGCUGUGGCUUGGCUUUGUUCCGUCAUGGGUGCUGUGCCUCUGAUUCCUUUUGGCCUCCUGCCUAUAUGUCCAUUCAGUGGCGGUUCUAGACCAAAUUUAACAGGAGAGCAGGGUGGGGCCAGUGUGUUUUCAUGGGGGCACAGGACAAACAAAUGAAACACAAAAAACGGGACAUUAUUUCAUCGAGUCACUUGCAGCUCAGGAGCUGCAGGUUGCAGACCCCUGAUCUAGCCAAUGAAAACUGUGACCGUAUCUCAGUAUGGCUAAAACUAAAAGUGCAAGACCUAAAUUUUUCAUUCCAUGUUAAAGUAAAACUGUAAAGAUAAAAAAUAAAAUUGCUGAUAGGCUCCCUUCACAUGAGGAACGCUGUGUGUGCCGUGGCUAUAAAGCUCAAUAAAGAAAAGGCACUCAGAGCUACAGACUGUUUGGUGCUGGAAAAGUUGGAAAAUGUACCUUGAAAAUGCUUGAAAAGUUUACUCUAGGAAAAGUGUACGAACCCUGAUGUAUGCACAGUUUGCUUAAAGCAGUACAGAAAAUUAGGUAAGGUCCAAUGAGAUAUCACUCUUAUUGAACCAUUCAGGUUCCUAUCUCAAAGAAUGCUGAGGAGACAACAUCAUGCUCAGCCCUUAGAUUUCAGAUUAUUAACCAUUAUGUCACUCUCAGUCUCAGCUCCGGGGGUCACUGUUUCAUUUAGUUCCAGGUUUUAGAUCCCAACAUGUUUUUUCUGUUUUGUAAGUGUGUGAGUGAAGCACAAUGUUUAACCAAUCACGAUUAGCUUUGAUCAGUGGUUAUUUACCUUUACUGAGGUGGUGCUCGUUAUUAAAGUAGCACCAUGAUGACAGAGACUUUCAGACACUACAACUUGGAGGAUUUUUAGCUUUUUGUGUGUUGUUAAUACAAACACAACAAACUUGCAUGAUUGGUUGAUGGAGCUAGUGUAAUCAUGCAUUCUGUUUUACACAGAAGUAGAUGUUUUGAAGUUUGAAGGUAAAAAAUACAUUAUAAAAAACUUCCUAGAGGUCUGAAUUCUAAGCGGGGGAGUUGUAGGUUUCUCUCCUAUCCCCCUAGAUCCAAUAUGGCUACCUUGCAUAAAGUUUAAGUUCUGCAAUGAAAAGAAGCAACAGCCAACAGCUCUUUAUUCUGGUUCACUGUCAUCCAGUUCAGUUCAUGCAGAAAGUUUGGUUGGUGCUUGUUAAGCUCUACAUCACAGUUCAUGUGUGUCUAAUUACCUUGCAAAAUAAAAAAGAUUUCAUCUGAGUCAAGUAAGACAGCUCAAGCACCACUGCUGGUACAGUAAUUGGUACAGUACCUAUAUCACAGUUUGAGAACCGUGGGCUUAGAUCAUAGGGACAACAACAAAAGCACCUCUUAUCCCCACACAGUUGCAUUACAGAUGCCAAAAUGCUUGUUAAAGCUCCUACUCCAAAGUAGAAACAAAAAAUAAAAAACGUCCAAAAGCAGAUUAAAGGAGUGCAAAACAACUGCAGGUUCUAUUUUGUGGAUUAUGAAAUGAGUCAUCACUAUACAUCAUGUGAUUGUUGUCAAAACUUGUUUAAUAAGGAUUUGAAGAGUGUGCUGUGUAGGUAGUUCUAACAUUAAAUGUGUGUUGAAGCCUCCAACUUUUUAACUUUGUGAAAAUACAAGCUUUUGUGUUAUCACUAAUAAUGUUUUGAGGUGAAGCAAAAGAAUGCAUUAAUGUGCUGUUACCUGUACUACAAAUGAGUGGGUUCAUGUUAAACACAACUCUGAAUAAACAAGCUGAAAACUUGAAUAAAACAAUGUGCCUUUGAUAAAUUGAUGUUAAAAGUCCUGUUUGACAUGAGAACAAAGUUGCAAGAAAUAGUGAUUGAAGCUGUUUAAACUGUUAAUCUGUUAAACUGGCUUGAUAAUGUAGCAAUUUCCAAUGAAGAAAAUCUUUAUUUGAAAUAAUUAGAAAAACAAUUAAUAAAUGUUGAGGAAUUCUU